UGCUUAGCAGGUGUGCCCUUCUGUAUGCGGUCCCCCAUCGCGCCACGGAAGAAGUCAUGGCCAGCGUCCACGAGAGCCUGUAUUUCAACCCCAUGAUGACCAACGGCGUGGUCCACGCCAACGUGUUCGGCAUCAAGGACUGGGUCACCCCCUACAAGAUGGCGCUGCUGGUGCUGAUCAGGGAACUGGGCCGGACUGGGCCGCAUCUCAGCCUGCUCGAAAGGCGGCGUCUCAACCGGCUGCUGCUCCCGCUGUUGCAGGGUCCUGAUAUGACACUGUCUCGUUUGAUUCAAAGUAUUGAUGAAUGCUGCCCUGAAAUAGCAAAUUCUGUUCAAACAAGGAUCAAGUUGAUGGCAGAAGGAGAAUUGAAAGAUAUGGAACAAUUCUUUGAUGAUCUUUCAGACUCAUUCAGUGGAACAGAACCAGAAGUACACAAAACAAGUGUUGUAGGGUUGUUCCUGCGCCACAUGACCCUGGCCUAUAAUAAGCUCUCCUUCAGCCAAGUGUACAAGCUUUACACAGCUCUCCAGCAGUACUUCCAGAAAGAUGUAAAGAAAAGCAGGGGUGAUGAGAGCGAAAUGGAGCUGACACGGUGCGGAGAACCGGAUGAGGAAAUGGAGAAAGAAGAACUCGAUGGACCGCUCGGGGAGGAAGAGAUAUCCUGCAACGGCCCACUCUCACAGAAGCAAGCAGAAUACUUUCUCUCUCAACAGGCAUCAUUGUUGAAAAAUGAUGAGACCAAAGCACUUUCUCCAGCAUCUUUACAAAAGGAGCUGAACAACUUGUUGAAAUUUAACCCAGAUUUUGCUGAAGCGCACUAUCUAAGCUACUUAAACAGCCUUCGUGUGCAAGACGUGUUCAGCUCAACGCACAGCCUCCUCCACUACUUUGACCGCUUGAUUCUCACCGGGGCAGAGAGCAAAAGCAAUGGCGACGAGGGCUAUGGGCGAAGCCUGAGAUACGCUGCUCUUAACCUGGCUGCGCUGCACUGCCGAUUCGGUCACUACCACCAGGCUGAGCUGGCCUUGCAGGAAGCCAUCCGGAUUGCCCAGGAAUCUAACGAUCACGUCUGCCUGCAGCACUGUUUGAGCUGGCUGCACAUCUUGGAACAGAAAAGAUCAGAUAGCUGCAUCCUCCUAGAGCACUCUGUGAAGAAAGCGGUGUAUUUUGGAUUACCGUAUUUAGCUUCCCUGGGGAUCCAGUCCUUGGUUCAGCAAAGAGCUUUGGCAGGGAAGACAGCCAACAAGCUAAUGGAUGCUUUGAAGGACUCAGACCUCUUGCACUGGAAACACAGCUUGUCCGAACUUAUUGAUAUUAGCAUCGCCCAGAAGACAGCCAUUUGGAGGUUGUACGGGCGCAGCACAAUGGCACUCCAGCAGGCCCAGAUGCUCUUGAGCAUGAACAGCCUAGAGGCCGUGAAUGUGGGCGUUCAGCAGAACAACACCGAGUCCUUUGCCGUGGUGCUGUGCCACUUGGCUGAGCUGCAUGCAGAGCAGGGUUAUUUCACAGCCGCCUCUGAGAUACUGAAGCAUCUUAAAGAGAGAUUUCCCACCAACAGUCAGCAUGCCCAGCUGUGGAUGUUGUUUGAUCAGAAGAUCCAGUUUGAUCGCGCCAUGAACGAUGGCAGGUAUCACGUUGCCGACUCGCUGGUGGCUGGGAUUACUGCUCUGAAUAGCUGCGAAGGGGUUUACAGGAAAGCCGCUUUGUUUAAAGCCCAGAAUCAAAUGUCCAAGGCGCACAAACUGCUUGAGAAGCUCCUGAUCCACUGCCAUAAAAUAAAAAACACUGAGAUGGUGAUCAGCGUCCUGCUGUCCAUUGCCGAGCUGUAUUGGCGGUCUCUGUGCCACACGAUCGCUUUGCCCAUCCUGCUUCAGGCCCUGGCGCUGGGCCGGGAAUACCGGCUCCAGUUUUUGGCGUCAGAAACCAUCCUCAAUUUGGCUUUUGCCCAGCUAAUCCUCGGGAUCCCUGAGCAAGCUCUGAGCAUCCUGCAUACGGCGAUAGAGCCCAUCCUGGCCCAUGGGGCCGUGUUGGACAAAGGAGCGGCCAUGUUUUUGGUUGCCAAGUGUCAAGUUGCUUCUGCAGCCUCUUAUGCCCCCCCAAAGAAGGCAGAAGCUCUGGAAGCAGCUAUCCUGAACCUGAAUGAAGCCAAAAGCUAUUUUGCAAAAGUAGACUGUAAAGAACAACUCCGGGAUGUCCUUUAUCUGCAAGCCAGGCUCUUCCACAGCCUGGGUAAGACCCAAGAGAGAAACCAGUGUGCCAUGCUCUUCCGGCAGCUUCAUCAGGAAUUCCCUGCCCGUGGGGUCCCCCUGAUCAGUACUUUCAAAUGAGGCCUCUGAGCAAAGGGAUCUGGUCCUUUGGGAAGACCCCUCGAGCCACUGAAAUGGAGUGAAACCUGCACAAGGGCACCUAUUCAGGUGCAUUUUCCUCUGCAGUUCCUCCUUUCUUCCUCCUUCACUCGUUUCCACAUGUCUCUUAUUCCGUGUAAUGUUCAGUCAUUGGAAAUACCAAUAAAUUGGUGUGUGGGUGCAAA